ACAGGCCGUAGUGCACUGCACUGGUACUUCAACGUCUUUGGCGUUCACCAUUGGCAUUGUGGCGAUUUACCUCAAUAACGACCGUGUAGUGUGUGCACUUUGCAGCUUCGAGAUCGAUCGGUUUUCAGUGUUAGCAUGGUUGAUGCAUGUUGCAGUACUUACUUCUUUGGUUCAUCUUCCUUCGCUCGCUUUACGGCACGAACUUUACUUCAAUGGACGGUGUUUGUUCAUUCAUGAUGUCGAAGAGUGUGAGCGCCAUGGUGUUCGCUGUCCCGGCGAGCGGGUGAUUGGCGACACAGCUUCGCUACGACAGUCAGUACAAGUAAUUAUUCAUUCAGCUACACUAACAUUAGGUUUGCUUGAAAGCCGAAUCUCCAGUCAUCCUUCCACCUCAAUGUUUCGUUAGACUGGCACCUGGUGAAUGACCAGAAUGCCGGUAAUAGACAUAUCUGUACAGGACUGUGGCCUAUUCGGUGGCGCAAAGCCUUGGGACCAAGUCAGCCUUGUCACCAGCCAGGUUGAAUCUAUCAUUGGCAUAACUGACAAGAAGCUUGACUCUAAGAAGCUGGGCACAGACACAGGCCGUGUGACCGAGCACAGCACCUAUGGGGAUGUUGUAAAGCAAGUGAACAGCCGGUCACCAGUUCUGCUAACCACAUCUGCUCCUGAUGGAAAAUUCCAUGGCUGUCUUUGCCACAAUGGUGAGAUUGUGUUGUGGCAGUCCAGGGAGAGCAGCAAGAGUACUAGCAGCACAGGUGCUGCAGUUGUUCUUCAGAUACCUGCCGACACACAGCUCUUCCAAGAUCAUGAUCGACUUGAUCCAUCACCACUCUGCAUGGCCAUAUCUUCAUGUGGAUGCUACUUGGCAUUGCUCAUUCAUGGCAAGGAGCAUGAUCAGCAGCAGCUACUACUGGUUGCUAUAAUCACCACAUGGCAUAAGAGCGAUGAAGGAUGCUCAUGGUACACCAUUCCUUUGCACAGCAUGGGUGAAGAGUACAAACUGGAAGAUUGUGAACUCUGCACAGCAGCACUAGAGUGGGUCCAUGAGAAGAGGCAUGGGAAACUGCAGCUACAAUAUUCAGCAGUUCACCUAGAGUCGGUGGUUGAGUCUGACAUCGGCAGAGAGAAGUAUCGCCUUGUCACCAGCGUCGUACCAAUGGUGGCAUUGAGUGGUGACACACUUGAGGACAGCGGCCAUGCUGAUCAGCUAGGUUUGUCACGGUCCUUAUCCAUGCCAGUCACUCUCCCGGCAGGCAUACAGCAGGCGUUCAACGAAACCGGCACGCUCGAUAUGCUCGCCAGUAGCCAGCUGAGCGGACGCAGUGUUCCCGAUGUGAAGUCUUGUCGCACACACUCAGUAGUUCUGUUCGACUGUCUAAAGAAGCACCCGUCCUCCUGUAGUGAUGCAUUGUCAACGGUAAUGGGAGCAGUCGUUCCAUCCGCUAACGGAUCUCGGCAAGCUAGGUCAUCGUCUGCAUUCGUGAUGAGUCUGUGUCCCUGGAACAGCAGCGCGUUAGCAUUGGCGUGCAAUCAGGGCACCCUGGAUUCCACAUCACUUGUUGUAGUUAUCGGUGCCACCACUCACCAGGCGAUCACCAUACCCUAUGCCCAGGCAGUGCGCACUGUGUGUAACUCUAGUGAUGUCACUAGUGAUGUCACUAGUGAUGUCACUAGUGAUGUCACUAUGUUUGACCCUGUCAGCUGGUGGCAUAUCACAGCCUUGUCCUGGAUUGCCAGCGGGUCCUUGCUAGCUGCCUUGAUGAAGUCCGGCACACUACUCAUUUUCACACGAGCUGGUGAUCUUGCUUGGAUGCAGAUUGGUGACAAACUAGUGCCGGCGCUAACUUGGCAACCAUUGUUUGCUGUGAAAACCGGGCAUUCAAGUGAUGCAGACAACCCAAACAAGGAUGCACUACGGGUGGUGUCUGGGACCUCACACUCGCUACAGUGGUACGGAAGCAGGCAGCAGCUUCUUGUCUCCAAUGGACGUUCCUACCAUGUGCUGGCUUUGCGCCCGAAGCACCUGCAUCGGUGCAUUGCUCGCCAGCGCCAGCAGCUGUUGGAUGUGUUCAUUAACAUAGUUCAGAGCAAGGAAACUGUGGAGUGGGAGAAGUUAUUCAGUCCUACCUUCAAGGAGGAACCACUGGAUGUAUCUGACAGUACUGCUAGCUCGCUGACAAGUCUGGAAGUUAUCAGUUCCAGCCACACCGGUGGUCUGGACACCGACCGCUUGAAAGAUAUGCUGGAGCUGAACGAUCCCCAGACCCUGAGCAGUCUGGGUAGCGGCGGGCAAUUGGUGAUCUGGGAAGUAGCAACACUAGAGCACUUUGCCACAUGCAUGUCCCGAGUGGAAGCAAGUGGCAACUGCCCGCAGUGUUUUGCUUUCUCGGCCAGUUUUAUCACCAUCGUGGAGCAGUUGCUGUCCGGAAAGCUGGCCAGUGUGCGGCGUCUGGGACUGCUGCUGAAGGCAGUGACUGGUCUAUGCGGCGCCUGCCUGCGGUGGAUCAGCCGCGUCACCGGUGCUGAUGCUGAUGGUAGCAGCACAUCAGCCUGCUGUGUUGACACUCUUCUCAACAGUAUGUGCCGUGUAUCGAUAAUAUGUGCUGGCCUAACAGCACUAACACGAGCAGAUAGCAUGUUAUCUCACCAGGGCAGUGCGACCAGACAACACUGGAAUGCCACGCUGUCCAAUAUUCUACUGCAGCUCAUCACAGCCCAAUGCUCGGUUCUGAGGCAGCGGAGAUUAACUAGCGCCGCUAACCCCUUACCAAUUCUCCUUCUACUCGGCUACUGUUGUCUACAGGCAUCCGCUAGUCGAGAGCAGCAUUUCGAUCCAGAUCGUCACUGUAUGUACCACUUCUACCCUCCGUCCUCUCUGCUUCUGGUAUCACCAUGCAGUGUGCAGCUUGAGCAUCUUCACGAUGCUGCGCGACUGCUGUGCAGAUCUGCUCAUGAUAAUUCAGAGAGCCCCGAACCAGCAUCCACUUCGCAACCAACCAUUGCUUCAUGUCAAGAUAUGCUUCAAAGUACACUGGAAGAGAUAAUCGAUAGGGCACGCUCCUCCUGUGUAGAUAAAGCUAGUGAUGCGGCUGACGGUCCAACAACCGAGGAAUACUACCAGGCAGUGAAGCGGAUUCUGGGAAGACUUGACACCGGACUAGUAGCUACGGAUGUCAACCUCGGUGUAGUCAAUGUUCAUCCCAAGCCAUCUGCUGACCGAUCACAAACACCCCAGGAACCUGGGGAUGUUACAAAGGUGCCGGAAGGGUCCCUGUUCAAGAGUUUCCUCUACCUACUGCACCAGCUUGACCUACGUAAGCUGCAUGGUGCAUUCACGCAUUCCUGGACCUACCCAAUACAAUUGUCAGUCAUCAAGGAGUCUAUUUGUCUUCCUGUUGGCUGGCCCGUAGAUCUAGAGCGACAGCGCAUCGUCCUCAACUUUGGUCGUUUCAUGGCUUGUUACUUCACUGGCUGGCCUAUUCUGAUUCCACCGCAGAAUGAGGAUGCAGAUCUACAUGAUCUGGUGCGGGUCCGCUGUGAGGAAUGGGGUGAUGUGCGUCAGCGUUACCGUCUUCUGCCGCAUGGUGAUGUGACGGAAGCUCUCCAGUCAGCCGGUCUGUCCGAGGUGUGGCAGGCGUCACAUGCACUCCGCUGGCUGUGUGCAGCUGGCGGCAUGGAAGAGGCCGCAGCAUUCGCAAUGCAUCUGUCACAUUGGAGGAUAGCAGUCGUGCUGAGUGCCACGGCUUUAGAAUGCAACACCAGCAAUACGGUGCCCGGCAUGCUACCGCCGGCUUGUUUGCUAUCCAGUACAAUCCUGAGCUUGCUACCUCUUCAAUCCUUACUGCAUGCAGUCCAGGCAGUUACUUUGCACAUGCAGCCAGCGGCUGAUAAGGCACUCAUCCAGCGAGUUCGAUCAACUGCCACGGUUUCAACAGCACAGAGGCAUAAGCACCUCGGACAGCAACAGAAGCAGCCUCCAUCAUUGACUCUGAGUGAUCUAAUGGCUGCUGUGUUGCAAAAUUCUGCAGACAGCUCCAGUGCAGGCACUAAAGCAUUGCCAGCUGUUGCAGACGUAUGUGGUGCGCUAUAUGCCAGCAGUCGACACGAUAUCAUUGAACAGGCACUUGCGCUGUUACUCCAAUGCGCCUUUGGGCUAUUGUCCCUGUUCAUCAUUCCCAUCAGUGAAUCCUUCUACCUGCCUGCGCCACCGGUGUAUCUUCCAAGUCCACCGACCGGAAGCGGCAGCAGCAGUGAGGGAUCAGAAGCUGCAUCGGAGUCCAACCUUCGUGCACUCCUACACCAGUGUGUCAGCCUCUUCUGUGUGCUAAUGGCUGCAACGGGACACAAGUCUAUCUUGAUGGAGCAUGUCUACUCAACAACAGGCUGUGCUCGUCAGAGUGGCCGCAAUGUCAAACCUGACACUGGCAACCUAAAGGACGGUGAUGCUGCAGAGAGGACUGAAGAACCACAUGCUUUCUCGCAGCAUCAAAGAUGGCUGCUCCGAGCACUGCUGAUUCAUUGCCGUUUACUGUGGUGGGUCAACUGUCGAGAUCAGCUGAGCACAACAUGGCGUGCCUUCUGUGCGGAGCGCACGUCCACUGUUACAGAAAAUCAAAAUGCGGAGGAUACGGCAUCGGAGUGCUUGAAGUGGUGCGAACACCUACUGCCGGCAAUGCCACUGCUCAAGCCGGAUGCACGCGAAGAGCUGCUACAGAUCACGAUCACCUUGAUCAACACUCUGCCACUGACAGUGAGCACGGCUAAGCUCCUGGCAACUCACCUGUCUCCACUGAAGCCUCAGCUCUGGUCUCCCGAGGUGCUGCCACGACUUCAGCAGCUUCUACAGCGACUGCAGUUCACCCAGGUAAGCUCUGAUGAAGCUCAGACAGAUCAGGCGUCUACAACAUCUCUGGGUGACAUGUUCUACACGUUUUCUGUAGACGAACAGACACCACCCCACACAGCUUCUGACCUUGUUGGUGACUGCGCUUCUCUGCCCGAUACCAGCAACUGCUCACUCUUGGAAAUAUUGUCCAUGGAGCACGCUGUGCCACCUUUACUGGGUAUUUCCGAUGAUGCACAGAUAGGUGACAGGUCUGAGAGCUAUGACGAGUUUUUGAGUCUUGUGUUGCCAGUAGUGGAGGAGAAAUAUCCUGCAGUGGCACCACCAUCAGCAGCUGCUGAAAGGAGGAAUUCACCUGAGCUACUCAAGAUCGUUGAUGCCUUGAGCAGUGUAUGCCAGCUACCACAAGGCACUCAGGAACAUGCUGCCUCCGUGUUUGAAGCCCUUUCACCGAUGCUGAGCUGGUUUUGGGCUGGCUCCUUUACUGGUGAUGGAGACCGACAGGCAAGCACUGCGGCGGUUGGCUCAGUUGCUCACCUGUCCCUCGGCUUAUCGGAGCAAACUGUAGCUGUUGGUGUAGUCGCUGCUUGUGCCCAGUCAAGGUGUGUUGAUCACAUCCCCUCCCCUGCCAUGCCAGAUACUGUGGAUGAGCCAGGUUAUCGCCUGGAAGACAUGGCCAUUGUCGCUCAUAGCGGGAAAGCAAUGGGACACGACGGCGAGGAAACGUGGAGCGGAGCUUCGCCGGCAUUGACAGCUGACUUGGAUACACUCACAGAUGCAGACGCCGAAGGCUUGUUCAAAGCUGCACUAUGUCACCUGGACUCUGAGCAGACAUCCGUGUCCAUGCUUACCUCCGCGCUGGGUGAAUUGGACAUUUCGACAUCUAGCAUCUCCAUCGGCAGUUCAGCAGCGUGCAGCAGCCGGGCUCUAAACUCAUCUGCUGUAACGGAUACCUGUGAGAAUGGCAGCGCCUCACAAUUCAGCAUGAGUACACAAUGCAUGGAAGCUGGCCAGUUCUUUCGAGGUGCACAAGAACUGAAUGGCGAUGAUCCUGCAAGUACUGAAGCAGCAAGUACUGAAGCAGCAACAUCUGACUCCAGCAAGGCCACUCUUCAGCAGGUCCCAUCGGAUCAAGACGUUGCUGGCGAGGACGGCUCUUCAACUCACAGCUCCGUUGCCAUGGAUCACUCUGCUCAUACUAACGAUGCUGGCAAUGUCCCUGAUGAACAAAACUGGAUAAGGACACCAUCAUCACCGCAUUCAUCAGGUUCCUGUAAAGAGUAUUCCAUGCACAACACACGGGGCAAAAGCAAAGAGGGCAAGCAGAAGUCGGAGAAGGAAAGUGCCGGGAUUCUGACAAGGAACACUGCACUUGAAGAGCUAGAACCAGCAUCCCGCCAUGACGUUUCUGGUUCGAGCCCAUCAUCAUCACUGGAAGCUACUUCGAGUAUCGGCUUGCCUACAGAAGAGAGCUCAGGCGUGAUUGAGGGUGACUGGCAAUCUCAGCAUGGCGACACAGCAUUGGUAAGUGACCAGCAUGACAUUGGUCAAGAUGGCAGCACAGCCAGCUGCUCAGACUUUUCAGCAUCAGCAUCACAGCAAUCGGCCGGCCAUGGACUGGAGGUCAACGGUAGAGGUAGUCCUGAACUAGGCACUGCAUGCCAGAGAUCGCAGACUCACAACGGAAGUGGAUCACUGGCUGAUCACAAGAAAGGAACUAGGAAGAAACCCCUGGAUGGUUCUGAUUCGCACCAAGACGGCCACACUGAUGACAAACCACCAGAAAAGGAAGGUAUGGGAAGCACAAUCGGUAGCUUGACGCAUGUAGCGAGGUCCGAAAUGAAUCAUAUAGCCGGAGAAGGCCUAGUGAGUCCGAAUGAGUCCACGCUGGUGCAGUCAAGCAUUGACUCAAUCCGGCAACAAAGCCAGCGUUCAGUGGCAGCAGUCACUACACCGCCUCACGCAGACCAUCCAAUGGAGGCUGUGGAGAGCAGUCGUGGCAUGCCAAGUGUUCCCGAACCGUUGCACGAUGCGGUACUGCCGACAGAGCCGGCAGCCCCAGCAAACCAACCAUCAGCAGCUCAGGGUCAAGAUCUGUCGGCGCAACAUGCUGCUACUGUUGUUUGGGGUGGAUCCGUGCAUGCACAGCCUCAAGUACCACAUGGUGCUGGACCAUCCCAAGCACCGGUGAUUACACUCCAGCAGCAAAUGGAUCAGCUAUGGAGAAUGGGACUUCUACUGGGCCUUCAGCCAUCCCUCGUCUCAGUGCAGGAUCACGGCCAUCUUCCGGUCUCCAUGCCGCACGGUAACUAUCCCCAGCCUGAUCGCCGUCAGCCCCAAGCACACAUACAGUGUUGCCCGGAGAGUGCACCACCAGCGGCAACCGUGUAUCCAGUUUCACCACAUACUGUACAACCAGGUAUGCGUGUAGAUGCACAUCCAGGUGCAAAGCCAUCUGCAGAAUCCCCUGCACUCUCAUCCCUACGACCAGCUCCACGACAUGUCGUGUAUGAUGACAACACAACUGAAUUGAGUCUUCCGCAAAUAAAGCAGCCCAAAAGCAAUAGACAGCCCGGGUCGCGAGGUGUAACCAGCCACACCAAGCCCAAGAAAUCCACUUUGAAACUUAGCGCACUGCCAGUUAACUGCAGUGAACACUCCAGAAGUAGGAAACACUCAAAUCCGGUCUUAAACUGGUCCCAUCUUCUGGAUUCAGAUGCAGAUCGGCCUCUGGUACAGCCGGGUGAAGCUGCUGAGAGUGAUGAGAAGACAUUGAGAUGGAAUGACGCGAAGCAACAGCCUGCGCCCAAUGAUCUGUGCACUGAAUCCAGUCAGGUGUACUUGGCACCAACAGCAGCACAUCAAACUGAGAACUCUUCCCCAGGCAAGGAUGCAGGCCAACAGCAGCAGCGGAAAAGAGACGGGCGCAGGGGGAAAUAUUCCCGGAGGAUCCAUGCAUGGUCCAACAUCGUGGAGGAAGGUACAGCUAAAGAGAUGCAUCUUGACACAGCAAAGAAAUUUGCUCCGACUGAUAGUGAGGACUUGCAAGUAAUGUACGAACGAAAAGGACACCGUCAUUCCAAGCAACCAACAUCUUUUGCCUCUGAAUUGCACUUUGACAUGCAUCCUUCACCGGAGACGGCACAUGACUUCAUCCUGAAGCCAAGAAGAACUGGAAAAUCACGUCAUGGCCCUACUCCCUUUGCUGAGCACUAUGAUGAGAAGAAUGAUUACCCGCAACCUGCUGAUGCUGUUGACACGGCUGAUUUCAUCUUUCCGAAGGAAUCCUGGAAGAGCAGGGGACAGGAAUCAAAACACCACAAGAGCACCAGAGACCCAUUUCAGUCCGAUCAUGUCUGGCAAGAGCUGAAGCAGGAGGCCAAUCCAAAGCUGUCCGCUGACGUCAUACUGAGUGGGUUCAGGCGCGUCUGGAAAGAUGGGAGUCCCAAUCACCAUGAUGAAGUGCCUGUGUCCUAUCCAGACCCGGCGGCGGCAGCAGCAACAGGACCUAGACGAUCAAAUUCAUCAAGUGCACAGAGCCUACAAGAAGCUGCCGAUCCUCCACCAGUACAUUCCGAGGAGUCCAGUUCAUUAAUUGGGGUAGCUGACCAAGCUGCUAACAGCAUACCAGAGGAGGAUGUUCCACAGCCACCGUUGGACACGUCUAAACAGAAUUCAUUGAGCAUUGCCCAGGGCGGUAGGGGCCCUUCACUCGACGCCAGUUCACUGGCUCUGUCCACAUCGCAGGAGGACUUCUGCACAGUGACUACACUAGACUCUACCAUGGCCAGCACUAUUGCUGGACCGGCAGAUGGGAGACUGAACCGAGCAGAGAGCCUGCAGCUGGAGCUCAGCAGCCAAGAGCCUGCCAAGGAGAAGCCAGUGGUGGUGGUGGUGAGUACAUCAGUGCAGACAGACGUACCAGAGUUGUUGUCACACGACACUGUCAACCUACCUAGUGGUAGUGAUUCUAGACGGAUGGAACAACACCGGCAACUGACCCAGCCAAGUGAAUCAGUGCCACGAGUGGCCACCCGGGUGGAAAUCCUGGACUUGCAGUUCGGUAACCGCAGCUUCCAGCACGAGCAAGACACAACCAUCGAGACUGUGCCUAAAGACCUAGCCCCGGGGCCAUCGGAUAAUUUCCUUCAUGUUGUCGACAUCACAUCCGAGCACAUCCCCCAACAUGACCUUGAGACUCGCUCAGCAUCAAGGAGAACAGUUCGAAGAAGUACUGAAGAAGUCGACAUGGCACCUGCCCUGCCCCGUGAAGCUGAUGACACAUUGACAGCCGAGAGCGAUAUGUUCAAGGCCAGCAACUCGCAAGCGAGGGAAGUUCAACAACCUCCUGCCGAUGGCGUACAGCUGCCGCUGCUGCAACCUGUGUCAACAUUGCAGCGAAGCUUUGCAGGUAGCAGUCGCCUGCUGUCCAUAGAGGCCAAGCUAUCCCAGUUCACUGAACAGCUACAGGCCAUUGAAGCAACUGCUAAGCACGUGGAGAGCGAGUACAACCAAGCGGGACAGGUUGUACGGACUUUGGAACAUCUCCAGGAUGCAAACACCAUCACGAAAGAGUUGACUAUCCUGGAUCAGAUGUCAAGGACCGAUUAUGACUCUCAGCCCCGUAGAACACACCCGCCAAACACAGAGUCGGUGAUUGACGAAGGCCGCUGGGACGCAAGGACUAAAGACUUGAGCUUGGCUGCGGAGAGCCAGGCACUGGGUAACGCUCUGGAAGAUGCUGAUGCUGUGUCUGAUGAGGCAACAUCGCAAGUAGAUUUAGACAUGGAUGGAGAUGAAUCAUUGGAAAAAAAUGAAUUGCUGGAAGGAGAUGAGUUGCUGGAAGGAGGUGAAUCACUGGAAAGAGAUGCUGAGAAUUUCAUGGAAGCAUCAUCACAAGACAGCCUGUUUGCUUUCCAAGAACCUGCUGUUGAUACUCUUCAGGAUAUGCAGGACAAUCGUGGAAUAGAGCCCAAUGCACACUCUACACUUCUCACUUCCCAGCCCGGAUCACCGCAGUCCCGCUCUGUUACGCUGGAUACGGCCGAUGAACACGGAGUAGGAUCUUCGGGACAAAGGUCUCUGGAGCUAUCUACCACGGGACCACACUCUCUGGCUGCUUCCUACUCUCAGGAGUUCAGUGGUGAUGAAACAAACCUAUCGGUGUCCGCCGCCACUCACGGCAGAUAUUCUGUGUCAGUGCAACAAGAUCAUCGGCUGUCAGAUGGUAACCUAGAGCCUGGUGCCGGAGAUGGGAAUGGUAUUGACAGCACACUAGUCAUCGAUGAUGAUCAUAUUGCAACCGUCAAUCAAGGCUAUGCAAGUGUUGGUGACCCCGGCACUACUUUGCAGACAGAGACAACCGACCCAUUCCUUACGCAAACACUGCCCAGCAGUCUAUUAGCGAAGCUCUCACCAGACGACUCGGGGGACACACCUCUGCCUCUUGACUCCACGGCUGCUCAGCUCCAAUGCAUGGAGGAUGAAACAAUGCCGUAUCAGAUUGCAGGCGAUGGGGUACACGUCCUGGGAAAUGGUACGUACAACAUUACUGAUCGCAUUGCCAGAUCAGCCUCACCAGCCCUGUAUUCACAAUCUGGGCAGAUGAAUGCUGAGGAUGGUGUGCAGGACUAUUUACCAACACCGCCAUUCAGCGGUGCACACAAUACUCCCAACGGACAUCACCGCCAUAUUACAGAAAGGAAUGGCAUCACACACAACUAUCAAGAUGCCCGUGCCGAGAUUUCUCACUCUCCACUCGCACCGAGCCUGCGGCGAUCCAUUGCCCGUAAGUCGCGGCAAGCAGCGUGUGCGUCUGAGCAGACUCCACGCUCCCGGAUGGAGGACAUGAAGCGUCUGUAUCUCGGCAAAGCAAAGAGAUCGGCAGCACGAAGUAAGCAACCGCAGGCUAAACUCAUCACGGUCCCUACCACCACCAAACUUGCAUCUGCUACCAAGAAGAAAACAGAGGUGGUUGCCAUGCCAACACUGUCCACCAAAGAAGUCAAGAAGAUCUUCGCUGCACCAUCAGAUCAACCUAAGACAGAAAGAUCAGAGCAGGAGAAAGAGGAGUUGAGACGCUGGAUGGUGCGCAAGCGCUCUGAAAGACAAGCAGCGUUCGUCCAGCAGCGACAAGACCUACGAAGUCAGGAACACAAGCCCUUUGCUUCAUCUCAGGCUGUGACGGCAAAACAGAGAGUGAGCAAGCAAGACUUUGUGGAAACUCAUGAAAACCGAGAGAAGCGACUACAGGACGCCUUCAGCUUGAUGGGUGACCUUCUCUCCAGAAAUAUUGUUGCUGUACAGCCGUCAUCAGUUUCUAGUGAUCCGGCUAACCUUGCUGACAUGCAUGGCACCGGUACCAAUGGCACAGCAUUGUUUGACAGUGCCGUGACCAGCACACCACUGCGUGGCAUGGGUGUUGCUAGACCUGGUGAUACAGUGCAAUCGAGCAAGACUGGUCCAUCACCACUGGCACUGGACAGCAGUGAAUCAGUCGGUGCAUCAGUCAGUGCUGGACGUGGCAGUACUCGAUCGGCAAACAGCGCUGCUAGCGUCAUGAGCAACAUCGACUGGGACUACGUGGAUCAGAUCCUCGACUCCACCACAUGACGGGACGAGAGAGUCACUACUUUCCGCCAUUCCCCUACUUGUUUCUAAACAGUGCCACUAUGGGGAAGGAGACGACUGCAAUGUCACGGAAAUUGUCCGUUAAGGCCGGUGACUGGAUGGUGCAGAGCUCCAGGCAUGCGUGUCGGUAUCAAUGCAGUUUGGUUGGAGUAGAUGGGAAGGUUAGAUGGUGCUAGCUGAGCGUGCCUACAGUUUUCUAGUCGCUUGGUGAGUACAUAUAUUGUAUAUUGACGCCGUGACCGAAAUGUGUGCGUGUGUGUGUACAUGUAUGUGUGUGUGUACAUGUGUGAAUGUGUGUGUGUGUGUGUGUGUGUGUGUGUGUGUGUGUGUGUAAACGUAUGCUUGUACGUGUGGUCACUCGCCCGGGCACAUGGCGUAUGUUUGUGCGCAUGCUCGUGACGCCCGCCCACAUGUGAUGCUGCAGCAUUGGCCCGGGCUGUGAUAUUUACAUUAUGCAAUGACAGAUUUAGCAAUACAACAAUCAGCCACAUGGAACCAUUGUGUUCUGGUGCUGGUAGCAGCGUGACGUAGACACAGUGGACACUUUCAUGUAUUUUGACUGGCCUAUUUAACUCUCCAUUGCCCGGUUGGCAAGCCUGCCAUGAUCUUGACUUCAUGGACAUCCGCAUCACUGAAUAGUUCCAACACCAUGUGUAUGAUCUGUUUAUAGAUCCAUUCCAUGAA